AUGGCUGCAGCGGCUAGCGCGUCCGAUAGCGCUGCGGUUCGAGGGUUUUCAGGUGAAAAUGAAGAUGGCCGCGAAUAUAAGCGGUGGAAGACCUGGGUUAAAAACAAGUUUUUGACUUUGGACAAGCUUCCUGAGAGCGCACGGGGCGCCUACAUAUCCUACAUCUACACUCUUUUGAGUGGCAAGGCUUUGGAGGCGGUGGAACAUGUUGAUCCGUCGCUGUACCAAAAGAAGAUGGUGAUCAAGUCUCCCCAGCUUGAGGCCGUGGAUGAGUUGGGGGAGAUUUUGGGUCAGGUAUUUCACCUUCGAUCCAAUGAAGGUGAGAAUAUGAAGCAAUGGAGUGCCCGAGCCUCUGAACUGUUUGAUCGGUGCUACCGGAAAACCGGUGUUCAGUUUCCUGAUGAAGCUCGUGGUUGGCUCCUUCUUCACAGAGCUGGCCUUAGUGAGGAGCAGAAAGCUGUGGUGAUCUCGAGACCCCGAGGAGACUUGAAGCGGGAAUCCAUAGCUUCCGCUCUUCGGUCUUGCUACCCGGAGUUGGUGAUUGCCAAACGGCGUACGGCCAUUGGCCUCGCCGAAGACGCUGACCCUGAAGCUGACGACCCAUCUGAUCUAUGGGCAAAGCAUUUCUCCAAUGUUGAUCAGCUGAUUGAGGAUCACCAGCUGUCCGCUGACCUCACUGGCGACGGAGAGACGUUUCAGGAGACGGAAGUGGCUGAGGAGAUCAACAAGAAGGGCUUGGGAAAGGGUGCGUCCUCUUCGUCGAAGUCGAAUGAGGCCUCGACCUCUGGAAUUGCUGUUGUGGAAGAGUUGGAUUUUGUGGCUUCCGUGAUUGCCCAGCUCACUCUUCUGGAACAAGUCCGACAGAAACGACAUGACUCCUUGUUCGCCUCGCCACCUCUCCCAGAGGAGGCCUUGUUGGUGUCGUCCUCCGGCUAUGCCAUGCUGGACUCAGGAUGUGGCCGCACGAUUGUUGGAAUCAACACCCUCCGUUGUUUUGGGACAUUGUGGCGACAGCGUGGGUGGGCAGUGAUGGCAUCGGUGGAGGCUCCCGAUGAUGAACCGGAGAUCAACACUGCACCUCCGGCGUCCGCAGACACGACGCCACCGGUGUCCACUGAAGCCGCAUCCUUUGAGCUGGAUCCUGCCGAAGAAGCCGGCUUUCGUGCUCGAUCAUAUGAUCUCAAGACCGGAUUCGAUUUUCGUCGCGCCCGUGACAGGAAGAUCGUGGAGGAAGAUUUGAUCUCGGAUCCUCCAGAGCUCUUGGUCCUCUGUCCGCCGUGCACGGAUGAGAGCGGAUGGGUGCACCUGAACUGCACUAGGGGCGAUCGCAUGGAGUAUGGUCUGCGCCUGCCAUCCAGUGAGCACUUCAUUCGUAAGAGUACCCGUUUGCUCGUCCCUCACCCGGAUAUGCAGUCUUUAGGACUUCUUUGCGCAGGUGAUUCCAAGCACAGCUGUCAUGACAUUGUAGCCGGUCAUGCUCCAGGGGUUGCGAAGGUCAGUGGAUAUGCUGGCCAAUAUCCAAAAGAAAUUUGUUCAAGCCGUGUGAAACACUCUUGCCAAGUUCAAGGAUAG